AUGCCGCUCAUAAUCCUCACCGGCUUCCCUUGCUCAGGCCUCACCCACCGCGCCCAACAACUCGCCUCCGCGCUCGAAUCCAUCCAAACCACCCUCCCGGCCUCCAAACCGCGGUACAAGAUCAACGUCGUCUCAACGCACGAUGCGUCCUCCCACCCAAGAACCGUGUAUGACCGCGCGCGCACCGAAAAAGAGGCCCGCGGUGUCGCGUACACCCGCGCGAAACGACUCCUCGGCAAAGACAGCUUCGUGAUUCUUGAUGGCAUGAACUACAUCAAGGGAUAUCGGUCCACGUCGGCACACCCGUUUCGCAAUGCGUCGCGAACAAACGAAGCGCGUAUCCAUCGCCAGGAAGAACACAGCAACAAGAUAGAUCCGAAUGAAGUGCCCAAUGAUGAGUCUGCAACGACGACGACAACAGACACCACAGAACCCUACCCGCCCGAACUCCUCCAGAACCUAAUCUUCCGAUACGAAGAACCGAGCACACAUAGCCGCUGGGAUAAACCCCUCUUUACUGUCCCCUGGGCCGAUGUAGAGCCCCCAGUCGCCGACAUCUGGAGCGCCCUAACCGGUAUCCCAUAUCCAUCUAUUUCCGAAACGGAUAAGCCAUCGACUUUGGCGUCCUCGUUCGCAGCCAGACACAUCUCCUCAUUCUCCUCACCCUCCUCCACCGCAGCCGCAAGCAAAGCAGGAUCCCUCACGAAAACACCACGCGUAAUAAUCCAACCACACCAAGCAACCAAGCAACCAAUAUCAACAGACUCAUCAGCCCUCUACAACAUGGAAAAACAGAUAUCAGCCAUAAUCUCAGCAAUCCGAACCUUCACGCUCUCAACCCCAUCCGCGGAAGCAGCCUUAUCACAGGACGCAAACGGAAUCCAGAUCGCCGUCCCGGAAGCCUCAAUACCGAUAUUCAUCCCAGCGCAUACGGCGACCUCGGGAACAACGGAUGAGUUAGCCGGCGCGGGCGGGAUCCUAGCUCUGCCGCGGUUACAGAGGUUGCGGAGGCAGUGGAUUUCGUUGAAUCGGGCGUAUAUCACGGGAAGGCAUACGGCGAAUGCAGCGGGCGGGAUUGGUUCGGGGCAAGUUGGGGAUGCGUUUGUGAGGUUUUUGAAUGCGGAAUUUGGCAAUGAAGAGGAGUGA